AUGUCCUGCGGAACCACCUCUGUUGGCAUGAAACGGGGUCGGAAGGACGGAGAUGCGGAGGAUUCCCGCCAGGUGAAGAGGCCUCGGACGGAAGCGGAGGAGGAGGAGAGGAGGAUGGAUCGGGAGCUGUUUGGCGAGCUCUCCGAUGAUAAGGUGGACGAUGCGGCUGGGGAGGAUGUCGCAGGAGACGAGGAGGGGAAGGAAAGGGGAAGAGCGGAGGGGAAGGAAAGGGAGGAGGGAAAGGAGGGGAGGAGAGAUCGCGAGUUGGUCGGCGAGCUCUCCGAGGAUAAGGUGGACGAUGCGGCUGGGGAGGACGUCGCAGGAGACGAGGAGGGGAAGGAAAGGGGGAGAGCGGAUGGGAAGGAAAGGGAGGGUGAGGAGGAUUUGCGUGGAGAGCGUCUCUCCGAGCAGAAGGAGGACGCUGCUCUCAAGGAGGGCUCUGCGGGAGGAAGGAUGGAUUCGUUGUCGGCGGAGAAGAAGUCGGGUGGAGAUGUCCAUCAACUUCACGAGGCCUUUCUCGGAAAGAAUCGCAAGGAGCCAAGGAAGUGGAUGGCCGGCGGGCUUGCCCUUCCCAAGGGAUUUUUUCCGGAGAAUGACGGGUUGGGCACUUGGGAGAUCGCACUUCCCAAGAAGGUUCUCCGCCAGCAGAAGGAGGACCACGCCGCCGCCAGUGUCGCUCUCCAGGAGCCGGACGAGGGCGAAGGGGGAGAGGAGGAGAUGUUGGAGAUGGGAAGGACAAGGGAAGAGAGGGAGGCCGAAGGUGCCCAUCCCAGCGCGGAGGAGUUGGCUCAGCUUGCAUUGGAAGAGCAGGAAGCCAAGGAGUGGGAGGCCGAAGAGGCAGCUGCGUCGGCUUUUUCUGUCGAGGGCGGCCUUCCAACGCCACCGACCAGCCAACCGCAGUCUGACGCGGAAGAGACUGCGCCGCAGAGCCAUGCAUCUGAGGGAAGCGCACCAGCUUCUCCUGACGACGACGACGACGACGACGAUGACUCUGCGCCUGGUCGCAAGCGCAAGGGCAAGAAGGGGAAGAACGGGGCCGAGGUGACCGCUGCCGCGAUUCAGAACACGAUCGCCGCCACCUCCGUCUUCACGGGUAGGAAGAGACGAUGCUGGGAGUCUUGCGUACAAGCUCCCUCUCUCUCCGAUCGACAACCCGCGUCGACGGCAUCCGAGGUCACGACGACUCAGACCUCUCUCCCUCCAGUUACUGGAGAAAGCUCCGCACCAAUAGACCUGACCGCCCCGACCAAACGGGAGCGCAAGGCUCUCCUCAAGCGUCAGCAUGAGGAGAGAAAGGCUAUUCGGGAGCGAGAGUUUGCGGAGAAGUAUGCCGUGCCCAUCCCCGUGGACGACGACGACGCCCCUGCUCCCGCUCCGUCCCAGGAGGAGAUUGCUGCCAAGUAUGGUAGUAUCCCGACUCUCAGGGAGCAGGCGGGUCACGAGGCCGAGGCGUAUAGCGAUCCAAAGGGGCAUGUGGCGGAGAAGAGGGCGAAGAAGGCGGCCAACAUGGCCAGGUGGAGGGCAAGUCAGAAGAAACAUUAG